AUGAGCGACUUCUUUCCCGUUGCCGAAGUAGAAAAACAUGGCGAAUUCUUGAAGGACGUCGUGGAACUUUUGUUCAAGAACAUAGUCUUCACUACACGGCAAGACAAGGUCCUGCUCUGGCAAACCCCCGAACAGCUGGAGGAACAGUUCGAUUUCGGCCUAAACCAGUAUGGGGAAUCGCAGGAGAAACUAAUAAGUCUGUUGAGGAACAGCAUUAAGUUCAGUGUUAAGACCGGUCAUCCCUAUUUUAUAAAUCAGCUCUAUUCCGGAUUGGACCCCUACGGACUGGCAGGUCAGUGGCUGACUGAUUCACUCAAUGCCAGCGUGUACACAUACGACGUUGCUCCCGUGUUCACCCUUAUGGAGACUCAUGUACUGGAGGAGGUUUGCCGGAUGAUAGGGCCGGGGUGGGGGGACGGAUUGUUUUGCCCCGGAGGAUCUUAUGGUAAUGGGACAGCCCUAAACUUAGCCAGGUUUGAACGUUAUCCGGAUGUUAAGAAAAAAGGCACCAAUUAUAUCCCAAGACUAGCUAUCUUCGCAUCAGAAGAAUGCCACUACUCCUUGCACAAGUACGCAUCAUUUCUGGGAAUAGGAGAAGAUAAUGUUUUUUCCGUUCGAACAAAUGACGUGGGUGAAAUGAUCGUUGAAGAUUUAGAAACGAAGAUAGAGCAGCAAAUAGAAGAAGGAGCAGUUCCCCUUGUGGUAGUAGCUACAUUUGGGACGACGGUAAGAGGUGCCUUCGACCCCGUCGACCAAAUAGCCGACGUUUGCAAGAAGCACAGCGUGUGGCUGCAUAUAGACGCGGCGUGGGGCGGCGGUCUCAUUUUCUCGCAAAAACACCGUUCCAAGCUCAAUGGCAUAGAACGGGCGAACUCCAUAGUCAUUAACCCGCACAAGUUGCUGGCCGUUCCACAGCAGUGCUCGAUGCUGCUGGUCAGAGACAAGGGGAUCCUGCACAAAUGCUUCUCCAGGGGUGCCGAGUAUCUGUUCCAGAAGGAUAAGCACUACGAUAAGGCGUACGACGUGGGGGACAAGUACUUGCAGUGUGGGAGGAAGUGCGACGUUUUCAAGUUUUGGUUUAUGUGGAAAGCCAAGGGGUCCUCCGGUUUUGCAAGUCAUAUCGAUGCCCUAAUGGACCUGGCGGAAUAUUUCGAAGAGCAAGUAAAUAACCGGUGCGAGUUCGUGAUGGUCUCCAAAAGGCAGUAUAUGAAUGUUUGCUUCUGGUAUUUGCCGAGGUACCUGCGGGGGAAAGUGAAUUUUCUGGAGCACAGUGCCCAGCUGCACAAGGUGGCGCCACAGAUCAGGGCCGUCAUGGUCAAACACGGUUCUGUAAUGUUGGGUUACCAACCCCUGAAACAAUUCCCUAACUUUUUCAGGUUCGUCUCGCAGAAUUCUUCGUUGAAUAGGAAGGACGUUGAUUUCAUUUUGGACCACAUAGCUGAAAUAGGCGAUGCACUUUUCAAGUAGAAUGGUAUUUAGUCCGUUGCAGUUUUAUACCUGAUAGUUUAGUUGCAGAUUCAUAGAUGGAUGCUGCAAUAAUGUUUAGGUUAUAAUUUUUGGAUUUUGUAGUAUUCUGUAAGACUGAGCAACUGUAAUUAUAGAAUCUAAUGAAUUUACAGUUUCAAGUUUCAGAAGGUGCCUUUAUGUUUCAUGCAAGGGAGACAUUUUGAAUUGUUUGUUUAAUUUAAAAUUAGUACAAUGUGUCAACUGCUAUAGAAAAGUCUGUAUUUCGAAUUUGAAUUAUAUAUUUAUAAAAUAAUACUCGUAUAUCUAGUACACCAUGUUUCUUUUUAGCAAAAAUUAUAUUAAA